UCCAUAGAGAAGCGGUUCACCCUAACGCAAGUAGCAUUACGCAUGACAUGGAUGCCGCAGGAGCGAGUUUAUUCGCGGAGUCUUUGCGGAUUGUGAACUCUGUUUCUCUCGCAGUUUUCUCACACAGUCGACAUCUGAUGUGCGUGUCGGAUCUGCUGGAAGGACGUGUGUUAAACAGUUUGCUGUUUCAGGACAUCACGUCUGCAGCCCCCGUGUCUUAUGUGGGCUGCACUCGAUAGUGACCAGGAGCUUUACGCGCAGCCGAUCCCCAUGCUUUAGCAACACAGCUCAGCGCACCCAGCCGUAGAUGUUUCGAAAAAGAACAGGGUGAAAUAACAAAGAUGAUACAAACGGACAGUUUGCAGACAGAAUGGAUUUAACCCAGCUAAGCCUCUUGGUGGAAAAUGUUUCCAACGAUGAAAACACCACCGACGCACCGUUCACUCUGCCACACACAGAGGCAGCCACCGCACUCAUCAUCCUCGUGGUUACAGUGAUCAUUUCGGUCACAAUUGUUGGUAAUGUGUUGGUGAUUGUAGCGGUUCUUACUAGCCGGGCUCUCCGUGCCCCUCAGAACCUUUUUCUGGUCUCUCUUGCAUCGGCGGACAUCCUGGUGGCCACACUAGUAAUCCCCUUCUCCCUCGUCAACGAGGUAAUGGGCUACUGGUACUUUGGAAGUACUUGGUGCGCCUUCUAUCUAGCUCUGGAUGUGUUGUUCUGCACCUCAUCCAUCGUGCACCUGUGCGCCAUCAGCCUGGACCGAUACUGGUCAGUAACAAAGGCGGUUAGCUACAACCUGAAACGGACACCUAAGCGCAUCAAGUCCAUGAUUGCGGUGGUGUGGAUAAUAUCUGCUAUCAUCUCCUUCCCUCCUCUCCUCAUGACCAAACACGAUGAACGGGAGUGCCUGCUGAAUGAUGAAACCUGGUACAUCCUCUCAUCCUGCCUGGUCUCCUUUUUCGCUCCCGGUCUCAUCAUGAUUCUGGUAUAUUGUAAGAUUUAUAAAGUUGCCAAGCAGCGCUCCUCCACCGUGUUCGUGGCUAAGAAUGGCCUGGAGAGGCAGCCCUCUCAGUCAGAGACCUGUUUUGUCAGGAAGGACCGGUUCGAAAUGGAGAGCCCUAGCAGUCAAAGCUCCGGCAGCCAUCCGCAAAAGCAAGGGGAGCUGGACGACAUCGACCUGGAGGAGAGCUGCUGUGCAUCGGAUACGAAACCCCGACACCAUCGCUUCACCAAGCGAAGGAAAGUGGAGGGAUCGGACAGUUGCCCACCCCAGAGCUGCCGACUGUCCUGGGCUUCAGCCCGGGCGUUACAGCUUUACCCGGAGCAGAAGAACCCAGCUGGGCGACAACAGCUGGCCGCAGCCAACAAGACCAAAGUGGCCCAGAUGCGGGAGAAGCGCUUCACCUUCGUCUUGGCGGUAGUGAUGGGGGUGUUUGUGCUCUGCUGGUUCCCCUUCUUCUUUACUUACAGCCUGCAUGCUAUCUGCAGAGAGAGCUGCUACAUCCCCGCCGCACUUUUCAACCUUUUCUUUUGGAUUGGCUACUGCAACAGUUCUGUAAACCCCAUAAUCUACACCAUUUUCAACAGGGAUUUCAGAAAAGCUUUUAAGAAAAUCAUAUGCAGGACUUCAAAACGCACAUGAAAGGUUGAAAAAUAAUUUUCUGGCUCUCAAAAACAUUGGGAAGAAAUUAUAGUAUUAUAACUUAUUGCUCUUGGCUGACUAUUCUACUACUCCAUCAUUUAAAUGUAAUGUUUAGCAUAUGAAAAAAUAUCCAGUGUUAUGUACACAUAAAAUUGUCUAUAAUUGAAAUAAAUCAUUAUAUAUACUCGACCAUUCCUGCAGCAAGCUCAGAUAUUUCCAGGUAAGGUGAAGUCAUGGUCACUUCUGUUGCUGGACUCUGAGUGUUGGCAGCUGGUCACUGUGGGUGCCUAGAUAAAUAGAAGAUUAAUCUCCAGUGUCUAUAAGCGUGGAGAUUUUGACUUUUCUGUGCUAUAGAAGAGAAAAAAGAGCUGAAUGCUGCAUGGAUGAAAUGUUUGGCAUUAUUUCAGGUAAUUCGUGUAGCUUUCUGUGCUUGCGGCAGUUAAAGGUACAGCAAGGCUAUCGGCUGUUUCUUAUCAGUGAACCCCUAAACUUAUGUAAGAGUCUAAUCUCACACCUCCGCCAUGCUAUCACACCACCUCAGGACCAGAACAAUGGCCGAGCUGAGGCCUGGAUUUGCAGAAUUGAUUGCACACGUCUCUGUAUUUCAUUUCCCUGCAACGGCUUAACAUUUUGUCAUUAAAUAUUUUAAGAUGCUGUUAAACAUGCCGUGCCAACUUACUAUAUAUAUCUUUUUUAGUCUUAGACAAAAGCCUUCUUGGGGGUUAAGUAAGUUUGACAUAUUCUUGAAUAAACAGAAGAAGAACACUCUCAAAAUAACAAAAAUAAAAACAUUCCUGAUAAGAUCUCGGCACUGGUGGACAUUAAUCCCCUGUGAACUCCCUUUGGUUAAAAAAGAGAGUUUAAUACCUAUAAGUCAGGCCUCACACUGUGAUGCUAAGCUUUAUAAAGCUGUUAGAUUACCACUUUCCUCAUAUAGUGAAGAAUCUGCAGAAGAAAUCAUUCAUAAGGGACAAUUCUUCAGUAUGCGGGAAAAAAAUGAUUAAGGGAUUGGUACAACUCGCAUACAUAGGAUGGGAGUGUUAUUAGAAGACUAUAUUUGAACUUCCCAGCACUGUUUUCCAUACAACAUCAGACUGUGGUCGGUUGUUGAUGCAUGUGGGAUACAACGUGUAUGUCAUAUGGUGAAUAUAUCAUGAAGGACCGCACUUUACGGGGGUGCUGAGUUUAAAUACACUAUUUAUAUCCUCUUAGGAAUGUCUUCAAAGCACUCCUACUGCUCACUGGCCCCUCGCCAAAGAUAAUCACCCUGUCUGAGGGAUGUCAUGCUGGAAAAGAGAAAAAAAAUGAAAGCACUUUUGGUGAAGUGUGCUCACAUUCACGAGAGUAUUGUUAAAAUACUGUCAGGAGAAACAAGGUUGAAGAUGGCUGCAUAUUUUCUUUUCUCUUAAUGUGAACCACCGUUUUAUUUAUGUAGUGAAUCAGAAAGUCCGAGAGGAGUGUUGUUAGCGCGAGGAAACUUUAUCUCCGAGGGAUUCACAAACUCUUGAAAGAAAUUAAACGUCUGAGUCAAGUUGCACUCGUAAGAGUCUGCGUAAUUAGCUUUGUGUCUUCAUCACAUUUAGCAGGAUGCGAUUGAUGCUUAUUUAUCUGUGACUUAAUGGGACUUCGCUGUACACAUGUUACAUGUAACCUGAUUUCUCCAGAGGACAAAACUACAAGUUCAUUUUUCAUUACCUUGAAAUGAAACACUCCUAUUUAAAUUAUUUGCUGAUAGUAAACUGAUUCGAGGCUGACAAGACACCCAACUCCCUUGUUAAAUUACACUUCCCAAUUCAAUUGUCUUUGUAAUCAGCUGCUCAACUGCAGCAGGAUUGGGGCACAAUACUUUUAAUUAGCUGUAGUGUUUUCUGACGCUUUCAUGUGCACUUCCUCCAGGCAAGUCUCUUCAAACGUCAGCACAGCUCUGUUAAAUCUUUUGAAAGCGAGCGCUUGCAAUAUGACAUUACAGUGCUGUUAUUUUCCUUUGGUGACCCGGGAGGAAAGUAUGACAAAGCAAAACAUGGAGAAUUCUCACAGUCCUUCACCAGUCGUCUCAUAAAUGCUCUGAUAGCUCAACUUUUAUUCAAAACCAAGCUGGUGCUGGCUUUUGUGUUUUGCAAAUUUGAAGCUCUACAGUCUGCACAACAAUCCACAAACUCUUUUCCUUAUCCCAGAAUGUAAACAAAGUUGGCGACUGGCUCAGGAAGGGAAGCAGAGCUGCAGUGACCCUUGACCUCCUAAACUCUCUUCUAAAGACUUAAUGAGAGCAACAGAACAACUGGACAGAGCCAAAACAUUUCCUGAUGUGGACUGUUGACAAAAUAAAGCCACACUCGAGCCUCUUAAUAGGGGAAGAAGAGUGAAGAUUUGGAGUUUGUAAAAACACUUUUUAGAGCCAGAAAAUUUUGCAAGUUUAUUUGCAGUCCUAAUAGUCAGAGAAGAGACAGUUAUGAAUAUUUCAAGAUAGGUGCGCCGCAGUGAAAAGUGAGCCUCUUAGGAAAAGGGAGAGAGUGGAGAAGGGAGCAGUUGCUUCUUGUCGUCUGCUACAUUACCUUGUUUAUCACACAACGGAGCAUCUGCAGGUAAUUGCUUUUUUCAAUUGUCUCUAACAAGAUAAGGAUUGGAGGCAAGUGAGGCCAAAUUUCAACUCAGUCUCAGGAAGCUGUGUAUCCAGAGAAGGAGAACUCAGUUUGUCAUUAGUAUAAAUCAGCUGGUGUCAUGUCUGAGCGAGGGUGGAACUGGGCUCAUGUCUCCAGGGUGUUCUAAUAUAUCGCCCCGCUCAACGCAACCACUAUGUGACGUGAGUUGACAAUAUAAAUCACACCGGUGCAGUACUAAUUUAAAGAUGACAGUGGGAUUAUUGGUGUUUGAGAGCAGAUUUUACUAACUGAAUCCCAGUGACUUUCAUAUUGCAUUUUAAGGUAUUUACUAUGAAAACAAUGUUUUACUAUGUUUUGUUUUGUUUUCCUAGAGAUUUGGAUAUUAAAAUGUUAUUGUGCAUUUCCCUUCACUGUGGUGAACACGGGAACUGUUUAGAUUGAGUCAGUCCAGCAAACACUGUCCCUGCUGCUGUGGAAACUCUGUAGCACGGUGAGUCUGCUGCUAAAUCUGCAUAAAUUAUCCUGAAAUGACACAAUUUACUCCAAUUUGAAUAACAAUACAGUGGCUGGAAGUUUAAGAAAGUGGAAUGGAUCACUGGUUUUAAAAUUGUCUUCUGAUUCAUCGUCUGCUUUAUUCCUUUA